AUGAUGACCAAUCAUCUGUUUAAUUCUGUGCUUAUUCAAUUCACAGUGAUUAAAUGCUAUGCUCCAGAAAUAGCUAAUGGUGCAGUGACCGGGCCCCCAAAGGAAGAUUACAAUGAAGAUGACAUACUGAGAUACAGCUGUAAUCCGAGGUAUAUGAAGUCUCAGGGAAGAGCCCCUCGAUGCACUAAAAUGGUCAACAGAGCCAUAUGGAGUCCAACACCAGAGUGUGAAGGUAAGGAUCUGAUCAUCUCAGGAAUCAAGUGAAUGCAACUUGACAUUUUAAGUCGGCUGGGUAACUCAUGUUUUGAACUUUAAAUUUAUAUUUUUAUCAUUUUAACAUAUUUUAUCAAGCUACUAACAUAAUGUUUUUCAAUGUUUUUGUUUCUAAAAUGCAGAAGUGAAAUGUUCAUUAUCAUUGCCACCAACAAGAGGAAUCAGUUACACACCUGCUGGCAGAAAUCUGUUCUUGCCUGAUGAAAGGGUGACGGUGACCUGUGCCUCAGGAUUCUGGAUCUUUAGCAAAAAAUCCGAACAGAUAGUAACAUGCAAAGAGGACGGAAAGUGGUCAUCUUCUACAGAUUGUGAACGUAUGUUUAUACUGGAGAGUAUAUUGUAGUAUGAUAUAUUGAGGGUAUAUUGAGGUAUAGACAGAUGAGUCACUGUGUAUUACUGUACAGGUAUGGUUCAUGCUGACACUAAACAUCUCUAUCAUUGUAGCGAUAACCUGUGAUGAUCCACGUGACCCUCUUGUGAGUUCUCCCUACCGCUGGCAGCGGGGUCAAUUGGGAGAAACUCACAGUUACAGCUGUAAAUCCGGAUUUAAAACCACAAAUGCCAGGGGUGUUGCCACAUGCACAAGUGAUGGCUCCUGGACUCCACACCCACUCUGUGAAGGUGCAGUAUUUUGAAGGACGCCAUCUUUGAAUACCACUAUGGUUUGAUUACCUUGUGGUCGGAUGUUAGUUUGGACUGCAUCAGAAUUACGUUGUUUGUCUUUCAGAGAUAACAUGUGACAAGCCAGAUAUCCCAAAUGCUGUGAUUGACGACCCUAAAACAAGAUACAAAUACAAUGAACAGCUCACUUAUGAAUGUAAGAGGAAUUAUGAACUAUUGGACAGCACUACCAGACCUGCUGCUACCUGUACGACAAAUGGCUGGACCAGGACACUUGGCUGUAAAGGUAGGGUGACAUUUAUACUUCAAUCAUCUAAAACUCUGAGGAUGUGACUCAAGUCACUGAUCCAGAGGGUUUAAAGGCUACUGGAAAGAUCAAACAUCAGAUUUUAACCUAUUGGGGAUUUGAUGUGGAAUUGGUAACGGCCAUAACAUUCACCAACUUUGCUUCCAUUGGUUUUCCAGAUAUUGCUCCGUUCAGUGCUUUUACCAAACUGACAGUGUGGCCAAAAUGUCAUGAUAUUGUAGAGCAGGUCCUCUAAGUGCUCUGUAAACAGUUAACUGCACGAUGUGUCACAAUGCCUUCUGUAAUGUUUCAUGCAAUUGUUUCUCCCAGAAAUAGAAGGAGUAUGCAUCAUAUUGAGGGUAUAUUGAGGUAUAGACAGAUGAGUCACUGUGUAUUACUGUACAGGUAUGGUUCAUGCUAACACUAAACAUCUCUAUCAUUGUAGUGAUAACCUGUGUUGAUUCACGUGACCCUCUUGUGAGAUCUCCCUACCACUGGCAGCGGGGUCAAUUGGGAGGAAUUCAGCGUCAAAGCUGUAGAGCUGGAUUUAAAACCACGAAUGUGUCACAAUGUGUCACAAUGUGUUCUAUAAUGUGUCACAAUGAGUUCUAUAAUGUGUCACAAUGUGUUCUAUAAUGUGUCACAAUGUGUUCUAUAAUGUGUCACAAUGUGUUCUAUAAUGUGUCACAAUGUGUUCUAUAAUGUUUCAUGUCAUUGUCUCCCCCAGAAAUAGAGGGAGCAUGUAUCAACCCGACUGUGGAGAAUGGAUUCAUAGUUCAGUCAGAUGAGAGGAAUGUUGAUCCCAGGAACAGCAAGAUAUAUUAUUCCUGCAAUGAAAGGUUCAAACCCUCUACCAGGGGUUGGUGGGGUGCAGCCACAUGUACUGAGGGAAAAUGGUCUGGAAUUUCAAAGUGUAUUGGUAAGAAAACAGAUCCUCUAGAUAUUAUCUCUUUAAAAAGUAGAUCAAGAACAGUAGAAUGCAUUUUCCUCUGCCUUUGCUAGAUUGGUCUGAAACUCAAUCUCAAUGCUGUGUCUCUCUAGAUAAAUCAAAAUGUGGCAAAAUCCCUGUCAUUCCCAAAACGAUUAAGGUAACUCACCAUGAAGUCUAUAACAAUCGAGAAACUGUUCAAAUUCAUUGCAAAGAUGGAUACUCAUCUAAAAAUAUGAAAAUACAAUGUAAGAAUGGAGAAUGGCAAGCACCGUUACCAGCUUGUAAACGUGAGUAGUUGUUAAUAGUUUCGUACAUUUGAAAUAAUCACUUGAUUUGACUUGUAUGCAGAGGCCAGUCAUCCUUUACUGUAUGUUUACUAUAUGUUUUAAUAGUUUGGGGGAAAAGCCCCAGAAGCCCGUAUGAUAUUACGUAAAUAGACAGGUAGUUGUUCUGUAUCUGUACUGUGUGUAUGUUUUCUACCCACUAAUCUUACAUCAAUAUUUUCUUCUCCUGAAGCGCAAGGCGUUCCAUGUGAUCCUCCACCUAAAGUUGAAAAUGCAAUUGUUAAAAUCCCGUACCAAAAUGAAUACAUAGAGGGAUUUGAUGUGAAUUAUGAAUGUCGCAAGACCUUUGAAAUAGAGGGACUUCAAGAAAUUACUUGCGAAAAUGGGAAUUGGACACCACCACCACCAACAUGCAAA